AUGACAAUGUUCAACUUCGCUCAACUAUUCAUCUACCUCGUCCUCUUUGCACUCUCCAUCGCCGCUCCAAUUCCCUCUGCAGACGCCAUCACUACAACAAAUUACACCUCCCAUGCCGCCAUUUUCAAAAACGAGACCCCCGGUCCCAACCGUCGAGGCAUAGCCUACAACAACGUCAAUUAUGUCUCCCUCUUCAAGGAUGACCACCGCCAUACAAGCUGGUGCUACAACUGGGACUCACGUCCCUACCGCGACACUCCCAUGGAAUUCGUCCCCAUGCUCCACUCCAUCCGAGACGACCAUACUGGCCCCUGGCUUGACAAUGCGAAAAGAGCUAUCUACAGCAACACAAAAGCACCAACACACAUCCUCGGCUUCAAUGAGCCAGACAAUUGCGUCGCCGGCGCCGGCGGCUCCUGCGUCCCUGUCGACGACGCCGUUGCCGGUUGGAAAAAGCACAUCCAACCGCUCAAAUCCACCAAAGGCCCUUUGUAUCUGGGCUCCCCCGCCGUCACCAACGCCCCAGACACACCCACCACCGGCCUCGGCUGGCUGCGCUCCUUUCUGGAAAAGUGCUCUGACUGUGAUGUCGACUUUAUCGCAAUUCACUGGUACGAUAUCGGCGCAAAUGUGGCAUACUUCAAACAGCACGUCAAUGCGGCGCGGGAGGUUGCGCAGGGCCGACCAAUCUGGAUCACCGAGUUUGGAGUCCAAGAAAGUGAAGGAGCAGCCAAGGGGUUUUUGGAAGAGGUAAUGCCGUGGUUGGACGGGAGUGCGGAUGUGCAUCGGUAUGCAUAUUUCAUGGCUACAGUGGGCGAAGGUUUCUUGAUUAAUGAUAAUGGGGAUGGGUUGAGUGAUCUGGGGAAGGCGUAUCAGCUUGGUUGA